AUGAGCAAAUGGCAUAAGUCUACAGGCAUCUUCCGAAGCCCUCCACUGAAAGAUCCGCUAAGGCCCAACAGCCUCCCAGCAGUUACUGUACACGAGAAACGAGACGUACUAGUCCGCAAUCUUCUCCAGAGCUCGGCAGAGGCAGGAGACAUACCUCUAAACUCCCCAGCAGUCCCUUCCACUAGUCUCUACUUCCCAGAUAUAUCGAUGCUACAAGUGGAGGAGUCAGUACUUCAGGCAGGAAACACAGCCCCUGGCGCAGAUGAAAUCCCAACCUGCAUACUCAAAGUAGCAUGGCCUCUGAUCAAAGAUAAGAUUGGUUAUCAUCCUAAAUUCUUUCGACACGCAAUCUUAGCAAUCAUCCAGAAACCAAAAAAGACUGAUUGGUCUUUACCUAGAUCAUACAGACCAAUCGCUCUCCUAUCAGUACUUGGCAAAGGACUGGAGCGCUUGGUGGCACGGAAUAUGGCAUGGAUCUCUAUACACCAUAAAGUAUUAGCAAGGCAACAAUUUGGGGCUCUCCCACUAAGAUCUGCAACUGACCUGACUACAUGCCUAACACAUGAUGUUGAACAAGCACUAAAUCAAGGCAUGACUGCCUCACUCCUUACCCUAGAUGUCAAGGGCGCCUUUGAUGCCGUGCUUCCCGGCAGACUGAUCCGCAGAUUACGCGAGCAGGGCUGGCCUACCAAUCUCGCUCUCUGGAUUGCCUCCUUCGCUACUGGAAGAUCAGUUCAGAUCCGACUCGAUGGAGAGAUCGGCCCCUCAACAGACAUUGCCUGCGGUCUUCCACAAGGAUCCCCAGUAUCUGGCAUUCUUUUCAUGCUCUACAUAGCGCCUCUAUUCCGUCUAGGAAACCCAAGGAACAGAUUUGGUUACGCGGACGACGCAGCCAACCUGGCGAUCUCAACAUCUCUUGCCACUAAUUGCGAAGCCUUAUCAGACUCACUUCAAGAAGCUCUUAAUUGGGGCGCUGCAGAGGGCAUUACAUUUGCACCAGAUAAAUAUGAGCUUCUUCACUUCUCCCGACAUAAAGCAGACCAGGACCCAACCUACACACCUUCAGUGAAAGCUGGAUCUAUUACAAUAUCAGAAAACACUAAACGGCUAUAUCUACGAUGGCUAGGAAUCCUCUUUGACAAAAAGCUAACGUUCAAAUGGCACGUUAGAGAAACAGCAUCUAAAGCCCUCACUGUGGCCAACGCUCUUCGCUCUCUAGGGAAUACUGUUCGAGGAGUCAAACCUGAUUUACUACAGCGGGCUGUAUCAGCCUGUGUACUCCAUAAAGCAUACUAUGGCGCAGAAACCUGGUGGCCAGGACGUACUCGCCCUGGGCCUUCCCAGACUUCAAACCGAGUUGGAGAACAUCUUGAGAAACUAACUAAAGUAAUACUAACAGGCGCAAGAGCAGUCCUUCCAGUCUUCCGCACAACCCCAAAGCCAGUCCUUUAUCGAGAGUCUGGAUUCUCUCCACCAGAAAUCGAACUAGAUCGAAUAGCCCUCCUUGCAACUGUCCGCCUACGGCGUCUCGACCCUUAUCACCCACUUCGAAGACGCGCAGAACAGAUCGCUAGUAAUGGUCGACAAACCAGCCGAUUUGCCCGCCGUACACUGGCCCUCCCAAACUCUGAACAGAUAAACCCUCUCCAAUACGCUCCCUGGCACCCUCGCGAGCCUCGUGGGAAUGCUCAAGCUCGAAUAGGAGCUCCCAUGGGACGCACCAAGGAACAGGCAGCGGCUAAUUUCAUGGCUUUUCAACGUACCAUCCCUAGCUCAGAUAUUGUAAUCUUUUCAGAUGGAUCUAGGCUAGCAGAUGGACGUGCAGGGGGUGGCUAUAUUGGACUUCAAGCACACCAUCAGUUCCUUCGCUCCUCACUCUCAUAUGGACAUGGGAAAGAGGUCUUCGACGCAGAAGCAGAAGCAGCUCUAGCUGGCGCUCAAGCAGCAAUAGUGUACCCAACAGCUCAAUUUGCUACCAACCUAUGGAUCUGCCUUGACAACCUGGAAGUUGCCAUACGCCUUCUAUCUCCCUCUACAGGAUCUUCCCAAGAAAUCUUUGAAUCCUUCCGCACCCUUGCAGCCGCCUGGCCACUUCGCAAAAGGCUUCCUCACACUAAAAGCGGAUCUAUCCAAAUCCGAUGGGUCCCUGGACACGCUAAAAUCCCUGAGAACGAAGCGGCUGAUCUCGCUACCAAAGAGGGAGCUGCCUCAAUCCCUCCUGCUCCUCACAAAUCCUCAUACGCCUCGCUAAAGAGAUACGCCAAGACUCAAUCCCUAUCCGCUGCUCAGUCACAAUGGGAGAAGGUGGCACCACAUAGCUAUCAAGAUCUAGAAAUAACCACUUCCCCUAAGCGCCCUGGGGAGCUUCAACUUAACCGACUUGACCUCGGCCGUGUUAUUGCGGCCCGUACUGGUCAUGGAGACUUUGCAGACUACCAUGAACGCUUUAACCAUGAUGAUGCUCAUCUUCUCUGCCGAUGCGGAGCACGAAAAGCACCUCUGCACUUCUUCUUCUGUUAUAUAGCUAAGAGACGAGCCCCUCGGCCUCCUGGGCCCCCUUCUGAGGUCAUCUCUUUUCUCUUAGGCACUGCUAUAGGAGCACAAAAGCUAGCCACAUGGCUAGCAGAGACCCACUUCUUUGAGGAUAUCUGCCCUCGCCAACCUCUCCUUAGCACCUAG